AUGAAAUCAAUAAUAAGAAAUGAUCAUGGUGAUUAUGGUUCAAUUGAACAUGAAAAUAAUUCAACAUCAACAUCAACAAAUGGUAAUAUCUUAUCGAAUCUAUUUUCUCAACGAAAUUAUACAAAAAUGAGAGAUGAUGGUGAAGAAACUUCUCAAAUUUCAUUGAGAGAACAAAUUGAAGACACAAAAGAAAUUUCAAUGAGUUGGUCAAAUAUAACUGUUGAAGUUAUUAAAAAAGAAGAGUCUCGUUUGUCGUUUUGGUCGAAAAGUGAUUCAUCAACAUCACGUCAUAUUCUUGUCAAUGAAGUAUCUGGUAUAGUUCGACCAGGAGAAGUCUUAGCAGUAAUGGGCACAUCUGCAGCAGGUAAAACAACAUUACUCAAUGCAUUGAGUGGAUAUAGUGAUAGACAAAAAUUGAAUGUAACAGGUUCUGUAAUGUUAAAUGGAUGUGUAACAACAACUCAUCAACGAAGAUCAUCAAAUAUUAUUGGUUAUGUUGAACAACAAGAAUUAUUUUGUGAAACACCUACAGUUCAAGAACAUCUCUUAUUUCACGCUAUGUUACGAAUGUCGUCAAAAACAUUAACUGAUGAUGAUCGACGAAAACGCGUGUUAGAUACAAUAAAAUUAUUAUCUAUGGAAAAAUGUACAUCAACUAUAAUAUCAAAGUUGUCUGGUGGUGAACGAAAACGAUUAGCAUUUGCAACAGUAGCAUUAACUGAUCCAUCAAUAAUGCUUAUCGAUGAACCAACAUCAAAUCUUGAUGCAUAUUUAGCUAAAUCAUUAAUGAAUACUAUUCAUAUGUUUGCUAACGAACGACGUCGAUCGAUUAUUGUUGUUUUACAUCAACCUACAACAGAUAUGUUUAAAUAUUUAAAUAAACUUUGUUUAUUAUCUCAUUAUGGAAGACAAGCUUUUUUUGGUAAUUCACAUCCUCAGGCAAUAGAUUUCUUUACUAAUCAAUGUGGUUUAACUGGACAAUCAGUUGAUGAAUUUAUCGAACAAAUUUCUUCUAAUAGUAAUGUUGGUGAAUAUGUAUCUGAUGAAUUUGAUAUAAAUUGUAAAUCCUCUUUAAUUCAAUCUAUUGAAUCAAUAAAUAAUAAAUCUCUAAAUGAUUCGAAAUUUGUCAGUGUUAAUUUUUUUCGUCAAUUAAAAUGGCUUCUUUGGUAUUCAAGUGUGGGUGGAGCUCGUUCACCAAUUCGAACAUCUCGAUUAUCAUUUCGUUUACUUCUAAUGGGUAUUAUAUUUGGUUUAGCAUAUUUUCAACUCGAUCCUUCGGAAACACAUUACGUACAAAAUCUUAAUUCUGUUUCUUUUAUUAUUGGUAUGUCACUUAUUGUCAGUAGUAUGGGUGUUAUAGCAAUAAGUUUACUUAAUGAACGAAUACUUCUUAUUCGUGAUAUACAACGAAAAAUUUAUUCUCUUCAAGCUUAUUAUCUGGCUAAAUCUCUAUUUGAUUCAAUAUUUAUAAUAAUAAUAUCAGUUUUUUAUUCAAUAAUUAUUGUUUUACUUGUAAAUAUGAAAGAACUUGGAUUAAUGAUAUUCGUUAUUUCGUUCGAAGCAUUAGCUGGUUGUGCUGUUGCAUCACUUAUGGCAUCAAGUUCAUCAUCAAUUCUUAUUAUUUUACUUUUAUUACAUCCAUUUAAUAUUAUAUUUAAUCAAUUUAGUGGAGUUUUUCUUAGUCUGAAAUCAAUACCUGAUUAUUUUAAAUGGUUACAAUAUCUUUCAUAUUAUUAUUAUGGUUACUCGUCAAUUUUAAUUCUCCAGUGGCGUAAUGUAGCUAUUGUACAAGAACCUUGUGAAAUAUUUAUUAAUGAUACAAUUUCAAUCUGUCCAUCUGUUUGUUAUCGAAGUGGUAUAGAAAUUUUAAAAGAAUAUGGAGUUGAACAACAUGAUUUAAAUUUUAAUAUAUUAAUGCUUAUUACACUUAUUUUAGGAUAUCAUAUUGCAUCAUUUAUCAUUCUAUUUAUUCGUAUUCGAAGAAUUUCAUAA